AUGGAGGAUCAAACGAACAACGAAGUCAUCGAAGCUGUGGAGAAAGGACUGAAGAAAAUGGAAAAUGAAGGAGUCUUGAACGGGAGUGAUUUUACCAAGCCAUGGAGAUCAAGUGAUGUGAUAUUUCUGGUCGAGGAACAAAGGUUUUAUGUUCAUCGCUGGGUCCUCGCAAUGUUGUCCCCCGUUUUUGAAAAAAUGUUUACUUCGAACUUCUCAGAGAGGAAGGAAACUGAAAUCUCAUUUCCAAACAAAGCGAGCGAGGAAUUCAAAGAAAUUUUAGUGAUGGUUUAUUCGUGUGCAGAGUCGCCAGCAGUGACAAACGGCAAUUGCUUCUUCUUACUUAAACUCGCUCACGAAUAUCAAAUCGACUGUGCUAUUCGUAAGUGUGAACACUUUCUUUGGAACGCUUCAUAUUCUGUGGUUGCUGGUUGUUUACACAUCAAAGAUCUUUUUCCAUUUUUUAAAAUGAAGCAGUUUAAAGACGAAAAAGAACAAAUUCUGUCUUUGUUAAUUGUUGGUCAGGAGUACCAGCUAGAAAGAGUUGUAGCGGCUUGUGUACACUUGGCCAGCUACUUCACUUUGAAAGCACUAAAGCAGGAUUAUGUGGAAUUAUGUGAUCUUAUCACUAAAGAAAAUUACUGUAGGAUACUCGAAAGAAUGAUCGAACGCUUGGAAGAUAGUUUUUUUGUUUUCUGA